AUGAACAAUCCACACAGUGAAGAUCAAGGUGAAGCAGCUGUAGCAGGAUUUGAGGUUCCAAGAUCACCAGAGGUAAGUUACAACAAUGUCUACCCUGUUAAUGAAGAUGACGGGCGAGAACCACCUAUCCUCCCUCCACACCUGCAACACAGCCUACUGAACUGCCCAACAAACAGAGACCCAUCUGGUUCUGGGUCUCUACCAUUGCCACAGAAUGUGGUUCUAAACCAUCUUUAUAUUGAGAACCCAGAACCCCCAAGAUCAGUAGUGGCGCUUGGGGUCACUCAUCGCUUCCGAUCCAAAUUUGUUACGGUUGUGCUUUAUAAACCAGUUCAAAGAAGGAAUUAG